AUGUGCGGGAUAACAGCCAUCAUCCAAUCCGGCAGUCCGCAGAGUAAUUCAUUGGAACGACGCGCCGAUGUGCAAAGUAAACUAACACGAAGCCUAUCUCUCCUUCAGCAUCGAGUGCCAGACGCAGAAGGAACAUGGAUAAACAGCGACGCUACCGUCGGUAUGCUUCAUCUCAGCUCCAUUGACUCAGAUUUUUCGCCAACGGGCCUUCAACCCUUACACAGUGAAGAUGAGAAAAUCCACGUCGUCGUGAACGGCGAGAUUUACGACCACUUCGGCAUCCGCGGCCGCUGUACCACCGAGUUCGAUUACAACUUCUCCGGGAGGAGCGACAGUGAAGUCAUCCUGGCUCUGUACCAACACCACGGAGUUCGCGGGCUCUUUAAGCACCUGCGUGGCGAAUUCGCCUUCGUCUUAUACGGUGAGCGAUCCGGUGAUGUUAUCGCCGCGAGGGACCGGUUCGGCAUCGAGCCUCUUUUCUGGACGUACAGUACCGAGACGCCGGCCAAGCUCUUGAUCGCCUCGGAGAUCAAGGGCGGUGCGGCGGUUCUGGGCGAAGGCACGCUGUUCAAGGGAGUGAAGAAGGUGUUGCCGGGGCAUUGGGUGCAGUUCGGUCGAGAUGGGAGCGUGACGCAGCAUCGGUAUUGGGAUGCCGAGUAUGCGGAUAAGACCGUCAAAGAGACACGCAGUAUGGAUGAGAUGGUCGACGGAGUUCGCGAGCGCUUAGUAGAUGCCGUACGCCUCCGCCUCCAAGCCGAUGUCCCCGUCGGCAUCUAUCUUUCAGGUGGUCUCGACUCGUCCAUUGUGGCUGGUAUAACAACGCAGCUCGUACGAGAAAGAGGAGUGAAGCUGGGGAACCAGGAUAUUAAAGAUAGGAUCACUUGCUUUAGCAUCUCCUUUGCUUCUGAUUCCCAGUAUAACGAAUACGAACGCACAGAAGAAUGGCUAGACUUGAACACUGUGAAAAAAGUCAUGGACGAGGAAGAACUAGCAAAGCACUUCGCCGACUUCGUAUACCACACCGAGCACCACCACUUCGACAUGAACAGCGUCGGGAAGUACGCCCUCUCAGAGCUACCUCGCCAGCAAGGGAUCCCCAUCGUGCUGACGGGUGAGGGGGCAGAUGAGCACUUUGCAGGGUACCUAUUCCUAGUCUCCGACUUCCUACGUGAGCCCGACGAUGCCUUGCCGUUGACGGAGCUAACGAAGGAUACCGAGCUUCGGGAAGCGCUAAACGAGUCCGCCGCAGCGCAGUUGCGAAGCAUAUACAAAGGAGAAGAUUCGAACGCGCUGACACAGCCUCCACUCGGCGCUGUACGUCUUCCUCACUUCCUCAAGACCUCCAUGGCGAACAUGGUCUUGACCUGUCUGGGCGACAGGUCGGAGAUGGCGCACAGUACCGAGGCGCGUCUCUCGUUCCUGGACCACGAGCUGGCGGAGUACGUCAAUGGGCUUCCGCCGAGCGUCAAGAUGAGCUAUAGUAAGCCCGAGGAUUCCAUAGGAAUCAAUAACGACGAGAAAGAGAAGAGAAAGAAAGUAGCGCCUCAGAGCUUCUUCUGGGAGAACAUGGCCGCCGUCCGAGAUCGCAUCAUUGACAAGAAGGUCCUGCGGGAGGCGGGGCGGCCGUUCAUCACGGACGAGAUCUACCACCGCAAGAAGCACCCGUACUCGUCCCCAUGGAAGUGGCCCGUGGGAGGGCCGGUACAGCGAAUGUUUAGGGGGUUGCUGACGAAAGAGGCGGUCGAAUGCCUUGGCUUUGUCGACUUUGGGAGCAUAUCACGGUGUCUUGAGACUGCAUUUGGUGAAAGCGGUGACCCCGCAGCGUCCAGAAAGAUACUUGUCGUCGGUGCCUGGGUGGUUUUGAGUCAGAAAUUUGGCGUGAAACCGGCCAGAUCUCAGAGAUAG